AUGAGCCGGGAGAGUGAGCGGGAGAGUGAGAAUGAGCGGGAGAGUGAGCGGGAGAAUGAGCGGGAGAGUGAGCGGGAGAGUGAGAAUGAGCGGGAGAGUGAGCGGGAGAGUGAGAAUGAGCGGGAGAAUGAGCGGGAGAGUGAGCGGGAGAAUGACGGGAGAGUGAGCCGGAGAGGCUCUAAGGGAGUAGAGGCUGAUGGAGAGGAGGAAGAGGGGGAUGAGGAAGGUCUGGUGCUGCCUGCUCAGGUCUUCGCCCCCAAGAGCCUCAUACUGGUGUCACGACUCGACCAGCCAGAGAUCUUCAGGGGUUGUCUGGGCCUUGUCUACACGGUGUAUGUGGACAGCCUCUCUGCUGUGUUGGAGGGUCUGGUGGCCACUCUGCUGUCCUGCCAAGUUCCAGUCACCGGUGGAGCUCAGAAACUCCUGUCGUUGGGUGCAGGGGACCGGCAGCUGAUCCAAAUACCCCUGAAUGACAAUCUGCCCAUCACCAGCAAGAGUGUAGCACUGCUCUUUCAGCAACUGGGGAUCCAGAACGUUCUAAGCUUGUUCUGUGCGGUUCUAACAGAGCACAAGGUUCUGUUCCACUCCAGCAGCUACCAGAGACUUGGAGAGGCCAGCCGUGCACUGGAGGCCCUCAUGUUCCCCCUGCGCUACAGCUACCCCUACAUCCCGAUCCUGCCGUCUCGCCUGCUGGAGGUGCUCAGCUCUCCCACCCCCUUCAUCAUCGGGGUCCACUCCAUGUUCCAGACCCACAUCCAGGAACUGCUGGAUGUGAUCAUUGCUGAUCUAGACGGUGGGACCAUUAAGAUUCCAGAGUGUAUCCACCUCUCUCAACUGCCUGAGCCUUUACUGUACAACACACAGGCGGCCCUCUCUACGGUUUUGCAUCCCGAUUUGGAGAUUGCAGACAACGCAUUUCCUCCCCCACGAACUGCAGCCUCCAACCUUAAACAGCUGGAUAAGGAGCUGAGGGCCGUGUUUCUGAGACUCUUCUCUCAGCUCUUCCAGGGGUACCGCUCCUGCCUGCAGCUGAUCCGCAUCCACCCUGAACCAGUCAUACACUUCCACAAGACUGCCUUCCUGUCUCAGCGUGGGCUGAUUGAAGCAGACUUCCUGUCGAAGGUUCUGGAUGGAAUGGCAUUCGCUGGGUUUGUGUCCGAGAGAGGGCCGCCCUACCGCACCACUGACCUCUUCGACCAGCUGGUAGCAGCAGAUGUGGAGCGUCGUCAUCAGGAGGAGGAGAAUCCAACGCUGAUCUCCAAACACACCAGAGAGCUCUCUGAACAGCUCUACAAGAACGAGAACCCCAACCCUCACAUGGUGUUCCAGAAGCUUCCCCGUCCCAGCGAGGGCUCCCACCUGCGGGUGCACAUGAUGCCGUUUCCAUGGUUACAGCCAGAGCGGGUGGAGGAUCUGCUCAAUGAGGCCAACAGUCGCCAGCACGGAGCCCCGCCCACCGCCCGCCCAGACAGGAAGUGUGUGGUGCCAGCCGGCCCACCAGUGGUGCCCAUCAGUGGGAGGGGCAGCUCGGUGUUCAACAGUGCCAGACGGCUGGAGGUGGUGAGAAGCUGCAUCAGCUGCAUCUUCAACAACCAAUCACUGGAGACGCAGAAGACUCUCCCUGCAGCGCUGCGUGCUCUAAAGGGUCGUGCAGCGCGCCAGUGUCUGAUGGAGGAGCUGAGUGUCCACGUGCAGCAGAACAGAGCGCUGCUGGACCACACGCAGUUCGACCAGAUCGUACGCCUCAUCAACUGUGCCCUGCAGGAUUGCUCCAGCUCAGAAGAGUUCACUGUUGCUGCUGGAUUGUUGCCGCUAACAACAGCCUUCUACAGGAAACUGGCGGCGGGGGUGAACCAGUUUGCGUACACGUGUGUGCAGGAGCAUGCGGUGUGGACCAGCCCGGCCUUCUGGGAGAGCAGCUUCUACAGCGCUGUGCAGGAGCAGAUCAGAGCUCUGUACCUUACUGCCCCACAGGGCAAACCCAGCCUCACACACAUGCAGGACUCUGAGGCCCCCCCUGAGGCUGAGCGAUCGGCGAUGGACCUGGGGGCAGAGCAGCUGCGUGUGUGGGCGGGGCUUGAGCGUGAGCGACAGCAGGAGCUGGUGGCGGGGGAGGAGUCUACGGUGUUCAGUCAGGCCAUCCACUACGCCAGCCUGAUGGUGUACCUGCUGCUGCCACUGGACAGCUCCAAGAACAAGCUGCUGCGGAGCUCACACACACACACACACACACACACACACAACGACUGGGAGAGCGGCAGCAACAGCAUCCUCACCAACAGUAUUGCUGGGAGUGUGGCCGAGAGCUUUGACACGGAGAGUGGUUUUGAGGAGGCGGAGUCUGACGUGGCGAAUGCGGCGUGCCGUUUCAUCACUCGCUUCAUUGAUAAAGUCUGCACUGAGAGUGCCGUUACCCAGGAGCACAUCAAGAGCCUGCACAGCAUGAUACCAGGUAUUGUUGCCAUGCAGAUGGAGACUCUAGAGGUGGUGCACAGGGAGAGUCGCCGUCUGCCUCCCAUUCAGAAACCUAAGAUCCCUCGCGGCCACGCUGCUGCCGGUGGUGGGCGGUGGGGCGGGGCUUUGGGCGGGCCACACCUCCUGCCUGCAGAGGGAGCUCUCUUCCUCACCAACUACAGGCUCAUCUUCAAGGGCACGCCGCACGACCCACUAGUGGGAGAGCAGGUGGUGGUGAGAGGGUUUCCUCUGUCCUCUCUGACCAAGGAGAAGAAGAUCUCCGUUCAGAAUCAGCUACAGCAGAGUCUUCAGGAAGGACUGCAGCUGCGCUCUGCCACAUGCCAGCUGAUAAAGGUAGCAUUUGAUGAGGAAGUGACAUCAGAGGAAGUGGAGACAUUCCGGAAGCAUAUCCAGAGACUGCGUUUCCCACAGUCCAUCUUCAGCACGUUUGCUUUUGCAGCAGGACAGAGCAUACCUCCCGUCACCCCCAAACAGAAGGAACGUAACACAGGCCUCCGGUCACCAGGUUCUCGGGGUUCUGAGGGUUCAGUUCCUCUAUGCAGCAGAGUUCCUCCAGGAGUUCCUGAGGGUUCAGUUCCUCUAUGCAGCAGGAGUUCCUCAGGGUCCAGUUCCUCUACACAGCAGAGUUCCUCAGGGUUCAGUUCCUCUAUGCAGCAGAGUUCCUCUACAGCAGAGUUCCUCAGGGUCCAGUUCCUCUACACAGCAGAGUUCAUCAGGGUCCAGUUCCUCUACACAGCAGAGUUCCUCAGGGUUCAGUUCCUCUAUACAGCAGAGUUCCUCAGGGUCCAGUUCCUCUAUACAGCAGAGUUCCUCUACACAGCAGAGUUCAUCAGGGUCCAGUUCCUCUACACAGCAGAGUUCCUCAGGGUCCAGUUCCUCUAUACAGCAGUGUUCCUCAGAGUUCAGUUCCUCUAUACAGCAGAGUUCCUCAGGGUUCAGUUCUUCUAUACAGCAGAGUUCCUCUAUACAGCAGAGUUCCUCAGGUUCCAGUUCCUCUACACAGCAGAGUUCCUCUAUACAGCAGAGUUCCUCAGGGUUCAGUUCCUCUAUACAACAGAGUUUCCUCAGGGUUCCAGUUCUUCUAUACAGCAGAGUUCCUCUAUACAGCAAGAGUUCCUCAGGUUCAGUUCCUCUACACAGCAGAGUUCCUCUAUACAGCAGAGUUCCUCAGGGUCCAGUUCCUCUAUACAGCAGUUCCUCUACACAGCAGAGUUCCUCUACACAGCAGAGUUCCUCUAUACAGCAGAGUUCCUCAGGUUCCAGUUCCUCUAUACAGCAGGGUUCCUCUACACAGCAAGGGUUCCUCGGGGUUCAGGGUUCAGUUUCCUCUAUACAGCAGGGUUCCUCAGGGUAUACAACCCAGAGUUCCUCAGGGUCCAGUUCCUCUAUACAGCAGAGUUCCUCAGGGUUCAGUUCCUCUAUACAGCAGAGUUCCUCAGGGUCCAGUUCCUCUAUACAGCAGAGUUCCUCAGGGUCCAGGUCCCUGUACACAGCAGAAUUCCUCUAUACAGCAGAGUUCCUCAGGGUCCAGUUCCUCUACACAGCAGAGUUCCUCUAUACAGCAGAGUUCCUCAGGGUUCAGUUCCUCUAUACAGCAGAGUUCCUCAGGGUCCAGGUCCCUCUACACAGCAGAGUUCCUCUAUACAGCAAGAGUUCCUCAGGGUUCGGGAUUCCUCUAUCACAGCAGGAGUUCCUCAGGGUCCAGUUCCUCUAUACAGCAGGGGAUUCCUCAGGGUCCAGUUCCUCUACACAACAGAGUUUCCUCUAUACAGCAGAGUUCCUCAGGGGUUCAGUUCCUCUAUACAGCAGAGUUCCUCAGGGUCCAGGUCCCUCUACACAGCAGAGUUCCUCUAUACAGCAGAGUUCCUCAGGGUCCAGUUCCUCUAUACAGCAGAGUUCCUCAGAGUUCCUCAGGGUUCAGUUCCUCUAUACAGCAGAGUUCCUCAGAGUUUCUCAGAGUUCCUCAGGGUUCAGUUCCUCUAUACAGCAGAGUUCCUCAGAGUUCCUCAGGUGUCAGAUGAGGGCGAGCCUCCCUGCUCCACUCUGAAGGCCAGCAGUGAAAAGUCCACUAUGGAGCAGCUGGUGGAGCGAGCCUGUUUCCGUGACUACCAGCGCCUGGGACUGGGUACCAUGCCAACCAGCAGCUCCCGCUCCAAAGGGGGGGAGACACUCCGCAUCACCGCCGCCAACCGCCUCUACUCACUGUGCCGCAGGUGGUUACUGGUGGUCCCCCAGUCGGUGCAGGACAGCAGUCUGCAGAAGGUGGCUCGCUGUUACCGCCACAACCGGUUGCCCGUGGUUACGUGGCGUCACCCUCGCUCCAAAGCCGUGCUCCUGCGCUCAGGAGGUUUCCACAGCAAGAGUGUGGUCGGCCUGUUCAAAUCACAGAACUCUUCGAGCACAGCCCCUGCAUCAGACUCCUCCAGUAGUGUUGAGCAGGAGAAGUACCUGCAGGCCGUCCUCUCCUCCAUCCCCAGCAGACCCAACGGCACACACACACUGACCAACCGCUCCCUCAUCGGCCUGUCCCCAGCCAGUGAGAGGAGGACGUAUCGCCUGUCCAAGAUGAACCCAGUGCACCUGGAGCUCCCUUUCAGCAACAGCUUCAGCAGAACAGGUGUGUGGGCCAGUUUGCGCUCCAGCAGUCGUAUGUCGGUGCAGUCGGCUGUGGACGUGGGCUCUCGUCUGGCGGGAAAGGAGCUGGCGCCCCCUACGGGACCAGACGGGCUGCAGCAGCUACUCAAACAGCAGGCUGCACUCUACAUCUUUGGAGAAAAGUCUCAUCUCCGGGGUGUGAAGAUGGACAUGUGUGUAAACUACGAGCUGGUUCCGGUGGAGAUGGCGGAUGCACGUCAGGUGCGUGGCUCCUUUAAGAAACUCCUGAGGGCAUGUGCUCCCAGCGCCAUGGCAACCGAUGCUGACCACUCCUUCCUCAAGGCACUGGAGGACUCGGAAUGGAUACUACAUAUUCAUAAGCUGUUGCAGCUGGCCGUGAUCAUGGUGGAGUUGUUGGAUGGCGGAUCAUCUGUGCUUAUCAGCUUGGAGGACGGCUGGGAUAUCACCACACAGGUGUCGAGUCUGGUGCAGGUGCUGGGCGACCCGUUCUACCGUACGCUGGAGGGGUUCCAGCUGCUGCUGGAGAAGGAGUGGCUCUCGUUCGGACACAAGUUCAGCCAGCGCAGCGUCCUGGCCCCCGCCGCCCAGACCAGCGCCUUCACACCACUAUUCCUACAGUUCCUCGACUGCGUACACCAGGUCCAGCGUCAGUUCCCUCUCCAGUUUGAGUUUAAUCAGCACUACCUGCAGUUCCUGGCCUACCACCACGUCUCCAACCGCUUCCACGACUUCCAGCUAGACUCCGACUACGAGAGGCUGGAGCAUGGGCUGCUGUUUGAGGGGGAGAAGCAGGCUCGGCGAGGGAUGUGUGUAUGGGACUGGAUCAGCAGGGCCCACCACCGCAAUCCCCUCUUCCACAACUACCUCUACAGCCCCAUCACUGACGGAGCUCAGGCCUCUGUGUGGGCGGCCUCGCCAUGCUGUGGGAGAGCCACCUUCGAGACACUGGCCACAGGCCCCGCCUACGACUGGCAGCUGCCAGCCAAUGGGAAGCCAGAGGAGGCGGGGACUAUCGGCUCCAGCAAACGCUGCAUCGUCUGGCCCUGUUACAGCAGCGUACGCAGAGCUCAACCUGACGCCAUCACACAACUACUCACUGACAUUGAGCGUCUGGAGGGCCAGCUGGGGCAGGUGGUGGAGCGCUGGCCAGUCCUGCUGGAGAAAGCCCGGCUCAGCAUACAGGAGGACCUCAAACAGGAGAGCAACUUGCGUAAGCGGUCAGUGUGUGGUUCCGGGUUCCUGCCCUCCUCUGGUCUGCAGCUCCAUCGCCACUCUCUCCUGCAGCUGGCUGACGGCUCCGUCGCCGAUGACAACGGCACUGCUCCCAACGGCAUGAACCGCCGCGCCGCUACACUCUACAAUCAGUUCAGCCCACGUAACGAGGACACACGGUCUUUUGAAGGUGUUCUCUUUAAACGAGGGGCUCUGCUGAAAGGAUGGAAACCUCGCUGGUUUGUUCUGGACAUCACAAAACACCAGCUGAGGUAUUAUGACUCAGCUGAGGACCUGCACUGCAAGGGCCACAUCGACCUGGCAGAGGUAGAGUCUGUCCUGAUCGCCAUGCCAACCAUAGGAGCUCCUAAGCACAUCAGUGAAAAAGCCUUUUUCGAUCUGAAGACUUCUAAGCGGGUGUAUAACUUCUGUGCAGCAGAUGCCACCAGUGCCCAGCAAUGGAUCGACAAAAUCCAAAGCUGCAUAUCCGACGCCUGAAGCACACACACACACACAUACACAGCUGCCUUUACUGCCACAGUUUCUAGGAAAAAUAGGAAAAACAAAAAGCACAUUCCUGGGCCGGAACACUGUGCCCCUCAACACAAGCUAACACACACACACACACACACACACACACACACACACUCACACUCAAAAACACAACAGAGUUCACCAUGGGCCCCUCAUCUCACCCAGUAUGAAUGUGUGUGUGUGUGUGUGUGUGUGUGUGUGUGUGUGUGUGUGUGUGUGUGUGUGUGUGUUUGUUUGUGUGCCAAUUCACUCUCUCACACACACCAUUAAAAACACUAACCUCAACACUACACCUCAGAGAAAACGCUCUAAGAGAAAUAUAAACAAUUGACAUUCCGCACACACACACACACACACUACACAUGCCAUAUCCUCAGCACCCAAUCCCUGGUAAAGCCACAGAAAUACUGCACCUGAGUGUGUGUGAGUGUGUGUGAGUGUGUGUGAGUGUGUGUGUGUGUGUGUGAGUGUGUGUGUGUGUGAGUGUGUGUGUGUGUGUGAGUGUGUGUGAGUGUG